GGGAGAGGGAGGGCACCGGCACACCAUGGCCGUGGGGGGCCUUCUGCGGGGCCUCGUUUCGCCCCCCGCCUGGCUACCCUGCCAUGAGCUCUUCGCCUCCUGGCACCACUGGCUUCCCUCCCUCCCGCGCCUCCGCCCGCCCGCAUCCGACGGCUUCAAGCUUCUCUUGGUGCUGCUGCUCUUCUCCGCCGCUCUAGCCGAGGUCCGCUACAUCGCCUCCUCCUCCAUGGCGCCCACGCUUCGUCCAGGCGACCGAGCCGUCGCCGAGAAGGUUACAUACUUGUUCCGGAGGCCAUCUAUUGGGGAUAUAGUGUUUUUCAAAGUACCGACUGCUGUGCAGAAUUAUGGUGUCAAUAAGGAUGUUGUCUUUAUUAAGAGAGUAUUGGCAACACCAGGAGACUUCAUUGAGGUCCGACAAGGGCAGCUUAUUGUAAAUGGUGUCGCACUAAAGGAGCAUUACGCAGCAGCAACGUCAUUGUACACAAUGGAAGCAAUGCGCCUUCCUGAAGGUCACGUAUUUGUCAUGGGUGACAACCGCAAUAACAGCUGUGAUUCUCGUGCCUGGGGGCCUCUUCCCGUUGCCAACAUCGUUGGAAGGUACAUGACAUCAUUUACAAGAUCCUCUUUCCAGUAACUGGGGUUCCACUCAAUGUUCGUCCUCAUAAAUCAAUCAUAGUUAGAGAGUUGUGGAGCCAGGCGGCUGCUAUCUUGUCAAUUUGUAGCGAUGUUUGUUGUAUAUGAUUCUCACUUAAUUUGGACAUGCAUGAUUGUGUACUUGUGUUGUUAUAAAGUAAGCAUGUUUUGUUGUUGUAUAUGAUCGCACUUAAUUUGGAC